AUGACCAUCACAAGCCAGUUAUUAUGCAACCCCCUGAGGCUCCCAUAUGGACCUCCUGCCGGCAUUAGAAACAGCAGAACAGCAACCAGUUCCUUGAGAAAGAAAAGCUAUAGCAUCGAGCAGAGGCUGGAGGCACAAGACACUUUCUUUGACCAUUGCCGACUGCUGGAAAAACCUGCUUUAUCUCAAGGUACCUUGAAAGCAUGUGCAUAAUGUGGGCUGAAUCGUGCAUGUUUUUAGUGCUUACUACCCCCAAUCACCUGCUUGAGGGUGUGUGUGUGUGGGAAAUGGUAACUGAAUCUAACACUCUAUGCUAGAGCUUUCCAAACUGUGUGUUGUGACACACAAGUGUGUUGGCCGCAGGGUGUAGGUGUGUUGCGUGAAUGCUCCCCACGCUCUUCCCGGGGCUGGAAAGGGGUUAGUUUAACCUCUGGUUUGUCAGUAAAACUGAAUUGUUGUGUUGCGAAAUGAUGCAUGUCUGCAAAGUGUGUCGCCAACAUGAAAAGUUUAGAAAGCUCUGCUCUACGAUCUACUCCCAUACCCUGAUCAGCAGUGCUAGGCAUUGUCAGUUGCAGCCCAAGCUCCCGAAUCAAGUGUUCAACCUAGGGAAUCUCAAGUGCAAAGCUCCAUUUCCCCCUCUUACUAGGUCAGGGUAAAUAGAUUUUGGGGGUAAGUCAGUUUUGAUGAGAUUGGCACGGGGUUAAGAGUCAAGCUUCCUCUCACUGCAUUGCAGCCCCAAUCCAAUUCCAUACUUUUCUUUGGGUGCUCAUGAGGUGCAGUGAGGCUGUUAUCUCAGGCGGGAAUCUGGAAAGGUGUUGAUUAAAAAUGAGACUGCUCAUGGUAGACUUAGGAUCAUAGAACAGAGUUGGACCACAAGGGUCAUUUAGUCCAACUCCUGAACCUGCCUGAAGACUCAUAAAAACACAAGGGAAAAGGGACAAGGAGGGGAGAGGCCAGGGCAGGGAUCAAACUCAGGUACAGUGGUACCUCGGGUUACAUACGCUUCAGGUUACAUACGCUUCAGGUUACACACUCCGCAGCUCUCCUGCAGCAGCAGGAGGCCCCAUUAGCUAAAGUGGUGCUUCAGGUUAAGAACAGUUUCAGGUUAAGAAUGGAACGAAUUAAGUACUUAACCUGAGGUACCACUGUACCAGCUUUUAAACAGUUAUUCUUAUAAUGAACAGUUGGAAUUAGGAGGUACCUACGUAAUUUCUUCUGCUGAGGCAGACAAAUGAUAUCUUAUUAUUGUCAACAUAUGCAUUCUUAUGUAUACAGUGGUACCUCGGGUUACAUACGCUUCAGGUUACAUACACUUCAGGUUACAGACUCUGCUAAGCCAGAAAUAGUGCUUCAGGUUAAGAACUUUGCUUCAGGGUGAGAACAGAAAUCGUGCUCCGGCGGCGCAGCAGGAGGCCCCAUUAGCUAAAGUGGUGCUUCAGGUUAAGAACAGUUUCAGGUUAAGAAUGGAACGAAUUAAGUACUUAACCUGAGGUACCACUGUACUUUACCCUAUUAUGGCUGGAGAACCGUAUUGCAAAAUUCAGAGAGGAUCACAUUUCAAAGGACGGCUGUGUUUUGCUUCCGCAAAAAUGCAGAUUUGCAUAGCUGUCAACGUUUCCCUUUUUUAAAGGGAAAUUCCCUUAUUCUGAAUAGGAUUCCUCGCAAGAAAAGGGAAAAGUUGACAGCUAUGGAUUUGGUUGGUCUGCCUUUAAAUGUGAACUGAAUCGAAUUUACCCCCCAAUGCUACUUGAUCUGCUUAGUAAAAUCCAGCAGCAAUUUUUCACUCACCCAGGGUUGUGCUUCCACUGGGAAAUCAAGGCACAAUGGAGUCUGCAGAUAUGGUUUAUUCACACAUACAGUACCUGUGAUUCUAUGAUAUACACCUGAGUUUAUGGAGAGUUCUGCCCACUUCCUGCUCCUUCCUGUGUUGUAAAAAGGCACCCUCUCUUCCCGUGGUGACAUCGUGGCCCCUGUUACCCUGGCAGCUUCUCCCUCUGUGUCUGCCAGAACCUUCGACCUGGUUGAGGACUUCCAUCGAGCGGCUGGCUAUCAGCGCCAUCAUUUUGACCCACCGUCACCAGGAUGGCCUCAUGAGGAGGUUAGCUGGCGUUGCUCUCAGCCAAGUCCAGGAAUCUGUGAGUUUGCUCAAAUGCUGACCCUCCCCGAAGGCAGAAGGCAUUAUGGGGAGUCUGACUGGCCUGCCAAAUUAAUAACAAUACGAAAUGUAGCUUGACUUACAUGCCACUUACUCAGCAAUGGGCCACAGUACACAGUGCACUUGCUAGCAGCUCAGAGGAAGCCACCUGUGAACAAACUCUCACCCGUCACAUUCCCUCACCCUGCCUUUCUUCAGUUGGAGGCAAAAGGUGCCAGGGAAACCUGUGACACCCAUAUCUGAUAAGCAGCAGCCUAUCAUGUAAGAGGAGGGGAACAUUUAAUCACAUUGAAGUUUAACUUUUAUAGGCUAAGGUUCAAAGGGUGGUGCAUUUUAUGCAUCUAUCAGGAAUGUGGAAAUGAGAGGAAUUUGAAAGUGCCCUUCUCAAACAAAAUUGCCCCUUGCUUCCUCCAUAGACUUAUUUUGAAACAGAGGGAGAGUUCUUUUAAAGGGUGCAAAAUGUGUCUGGGCCUUUGGCCUGCCUAACUAGAUUCUAGCUCAUGGGUAGGCAAACUAAGGCCCAGGGGCUGGAUCCGUCCCAAUCGCCUUCUCAAUCCGGCCUGCGGACGGUUCGGGAAUCAGCAUGUUUUUACACGAUUAGAACGUGUGCUUUUAAUUAAAAUGCAUCUCUGGGUUGUUUGUGGGGCAAAGGAAUUCAUUCACCCUCCCCCAUAUAGUCCGGCCCCCCACAAGGUCUGAGGGACAGUGGACCGGCCCCCUGCUGAAAAAGUUUGCUGACCCCUGUUCUAGUCAUAGGCUUUAUCCACAAUAACUGUUUCAAGCUCACACUCAGCAACACCCCAAGAAUUCUGGGAAAUGUAGUCUGUUAAGGGUGCUGGGAAUGGUAGCUCCAUGAGGGGGGUAAACUACAGUUCCCAGGAUUCUUUGGGGGGGGUACUUUAAAUGUGCUUGAGAGGUAUGGUGUUCACAGCCAUAGACCGUAUUUGAAAUACCACAUGCUGCUAAUACUUUCAGAAAAUAAACCCUCCCACAGGGAGAACGGGUAGUAUAAAAGACCUUUGACCUGUGAAAGUUGGGCUCAGGUGAUGAAACAGUGUCAGGGUACCACUUUAGAUUGGAGGUGCGAAGAGUCCCAUACGUUGGUGCUGACCUUUAAAGCCCUAAAAGGCUUUUUUAAUUAUUAUUAUUUAAAAUGUGUCCACAAGCCCAGAAAGGUUGGUGGUAUCUGCCUUAAGUGAAUUCAACUUUCCUUUUUACAUUAUAAUCCUGCAUUUAAUAUAUUCUUCUUCUUUUUAGAUGCCAGGCUUUUCGAAGCUGGUGGGUUAAGUAAUUUUAAUGAUGUUGUUACUUAUGGAAUUUAUGAAAAUUAUUAAUGUUUCUGUUUAUUGUGUACAGUACUAUCUAUUACCCUAGAUUUGUAAACCACCCUGUGACCAUUUUUGGUGAGAUAUAGAUUCCCCAAUAAAUAAAGAUGCCAUAGCUCUUUAGAAAUUGUAUGGAUUUUGAAUUAUUGAUCUCAGCAGUUGAUUGGUCACAUGGAACUUUAGGUCAGACAUACAAAAUAUUAACAGAAUUGCUAUCAAGCAAGAUGGCAAGCAGAUUUGUCUAUUCAAAUACUGACAGACAAAUGGUAUUUGAUUUGGUAACUCUUAAAGGAACGUUCUGUACGGAUUUGACAGGAUGGUACCUGACUCCUGCCAGGUUGAGUAAAAUAUUUUUGAGGGCCAGUGACCCAUGAUGGAGAUGUGGAACUUCUGAUGUAAACAUGUUUCACGUCAUGUGGGCAUACUGAGCAAUCAGAUUUUGGGAAUUUGUGCCGACAGAAAUAACAAGCAUCCUGGGCUAUCAUUUUCCAAAAGAUCCUGUUGUAAUUAUAAUUGGACAGAGUAAGGAUAUUAAAGCAGAAGAGGAUUGGCAAAUGACUUUCAGCUAUUAAUAGCGGCCAAAACAGUCAUCUGUCAGAGACAGAAAACUCCCAUAUCAUUAUCUCUAGGUGCCUCGGGAGCUAAAGUUUGGGAAGGUGCUUACAUGAUGAAAUUUGCUAACUUCUAGGAAAGGGCAGACAAGGCAGUUGGAAAGGGGAGACAAAAAGACAGCGAAUUCAUUGCAAAAAGGAUUUUAUUUAUUUUUAAUUAAGUACAAGAUAAAAGAAUUCCCAUUUUUUUAUUUUGAGACAUAUAAAAGGUCGUAGUACAAUUUGUAAAAUAUAGGCAACUUCGUUCUUAUAAGAGUGGUCUAUAAAUUUUGAGGACAAACCUAGACAGCAUCUUAAAAAGUAGAGACAUCACCUUGCCAACAAAGGUCCGUAUAGUUAAAGCUAUGGUUUUCCCAGUAGUGAUGUAUGGAAGUGAGAGCUGGACGCCUGAGAGCUGGAAGGCUGAUCGCCAAAGAAUUGAUGCUUUUGAAUUAUGGUGCUGGAGGAGACUCUUGAGAGUCCCAUAGACUGCAAGAAGAACAAACCUAUCCAUUCUUAAGGAAAUCAGCCCUGAGUACUCACUGGAAGGACAGAUCAUGAAGCUGAGGCUCCAAUACUUUGGCCACCUCAUGAGAAGAGAAGACUCCCUGGAAAAGACCCUGAUGUUGGGAAAGAUGGAGGCCACAAGGAGAAGGGGACGACAGAGGGUGAGAUGGUUGGACAGUGUUCUUGAAGCUACCAGCAUGAGUUUGACCAAACUGCGGGAGGCAGUGGAAGACAGGAGUGCCUGGCGUGCUAUGGUCCAUGGGGUCGCGAAGAGUCGGACACGACUAAACGACUAAACAACAACAUAAAUUUUAAGUAACAGAAACAUCAACGUAACAACCCUUUUCUUGAGGUUUUCUGUACCAGUGCACCAUAUUCUCUACAAACUAAGAUGAAGUAUUUGGUUGCUUCCAUAAAUUUAUAUGUGUAUACAAUCAUUCUAUCUAUGGAUUUAUUUGUAAUUAUUUUGCAAAAAUUUAAAGGAAAAGAACCCAAAAUAAUAAUAGUGUCCAGGAUCUUUCACACUAUACUUGUCCUGACUAAUGUAAGAUUGCUCCCCAGUUAAUACUGGGGCUCUUUUCAUCAGAUCAUUCUGAAUAUGGCAUCUCUGUUGAACAUGCAGAGUCGUGGAAGUGUACUCAGCUUUUAACAAGUUUUGACGCAUUGGGCAGGGAGGAAGCAGCUGCGGUCUUCAAAAGUUGUUGGGCUAGACCUGUCAUCACCCCUGACCAUUGGACAUGUUCCCUAAAGCUGACGGGAAUUGGAAAAUAAUAUAUACAGAAUGCCACAGGCGCCUCAGCCCUAACUUUAAGGAUCACCCAAUCAGGCUGGGAGAAAACAAACAAGUCUCCACACUGAUGUUUUAGAACAGGCAUCGGCAAACUCGGCCCUCCAGAUGUUUUGAUACUACAAUUCCCAUCGUCCCUGACCACUGGUCCUGUUUGCUAGGGAUGAUGGGAGUUGUAGUCCCAAAACAUCUGGAGGACCGAGUUUGCCUAUGCCUGUUUUAGAACCUGGCCCGGAUAGAAAAAUCUAAAGCACGAGCUGGGUCAAAGUGAAGCUGUAGCUUUGCCCAAGUGGAUUUUUCUGAACCACAAAAGAAACAUGGUCUGGGUGUUUGUUUCCUAUUCCUGAUAUCUCCUGCCCUGCACAGAGUUCCAGAAACCAGCUCUGAUCUGUGAUGGAACAUUGAUGGUCUCCUACAUGCCCAGAUGCUCCUCACCUAGCAUGGGUGAAUCAAACCCAGAAAUGACCAGACCAACAGCCAUUUAAGCCUGGAGAAGCUACAGGCCAGCUCUGCCCCUUCCAUUGCAAGGUUGUGAAUGUUCUGCCUACAUGUUUAUGCUCUUUGGCUAUUCAUUGCUUUUUCUCAAGUGAUCCAGCAGCAAAAGGGAAAACUACCUAUCUGUGACUGUACAGCAAAUGAUUAUGGAAAUAGGUUUGGAUAUCGCUGAAGAAAAUAGUUUUAUGGAGAGAAUUAAAUGACUAAUAAAAAUGAACUCUCGUACUCAAGUAUACUGGCUUGGGUCAAAAGAUGCCAUUGCCUAAGAGGAAAUGAAUAAAGGGGCUUCCUGAUGUUGUCUAUUUCCCAACUCCCACUGAAGUCGGCACCAAAUUCUAUGACAUUCCAUAUGGUCCCUGUGGCGUUUGCCUCCUAGGAUGGGUCAUAAGGAAAGGGUUAAAAUAGGUGUGAUGUGAUUGGCCAGUGAGAAUGCAAGGGGGGAAUAAAAGUUAGAGUGGGAGGUUUUGAAAGUCAGUUGAGAGUUGAGUUCAGUUGAGUUGAGGUUUGGGAGUUGAAGAAGGAAGAGGGAGGUUUAGGUGUGGGUUGGUAAAGUUGUAUUGUGAGAGAGUGAGAGGAAUUGUUAUGUGGAGUCAGAUAGAUAGUUGGGAAUAAUCAGUUUGGAGUUGUAGGAACUAAGAAUAAGAAACUGACAAGAGAAAAAUUAACUGAAACCAUAAGCUUGUUCCUGCAUUUAAAAAUAAACUUGAUCAUUUGUUUAUGUUAACAACUGACUGGACUCCGUGUGUCCCCGUGAGAUACAGGGUGGUGGCAGCGGAAAAAACAAUCGCAGUGGCAGCACAGGGUCAAUAGACCGUCAAACGUCCGGGGGCCCUGUGUGUGUGAUCGCCACAGUCCCCUAACCAGAGAGGCUCUUCAGUGGGUCCAAGAGGGUGUAGCAGACAGGUGGGAAGCAGGGAAGGGAUCCCAUAUCACUCAUAUCUCCACUGGGAGAAUCACACAAGGAGUGUUGGGGCAAUAAGAGAGAAAUCCUCAAUGCAAACAUAUUGAACACUUAAGCCUGUCCUUCAGGCACAGCAGUUUUGGGGCACCAGAUCUGCUCGUUCCGAGUGUGCAAGCCUCACACAGUUCACUGCACCAGGUAGCGACAAUGGAACCAUACAUGCCCCCAAACCUGAAAGGGAUGCUCAUGGCACCAUCGUAGGUUAUGCAAUCAGCAAAGGACAUUUCUUUCCUUUAUUUGACAGUAGCAUCAUAGAACUGAGUGGAGCCAAAGGGCAUAUACUCCAACCACUUUUCAUGAGACAGGAUAUUUUGUAUGCAAGAAACAGUUGAGAGAGUUGGGCAUGUUUAGCCUGGAAAAGAGGAGACUGAGAGGAGAUAUGGUAGCCAUCUUCAAGCAUCUAAAGGGCUCUCACAUGGAAGAUGGGGCAAGCUUGCUUUCUCUUGCUCCGGAGGCUAGGACCCAAACCAAUGCCUUCAAGUUACAAGGAAGGAGAUUGCAACUAAAUAUCAGGAAGAACUUUCUGGCAGUAAGAGCUGUUUGAAAGUGGAACAAACUUCACUGAGAGGUGGUGGACUCUCCUUCCUUGAAGAUUUUUAAGCAGAGGUUGGAUGGCCAGCUGUCAUGGGUGCUUAGUUUAUAAACCUGCAUUGAAGGAUCCCUUCAAACUCUAUGAUUCUAUGAUACUUCAGUAUUGACUAUUUUGACUGUCAGCAGUUUCUUCAGGGCCUCCCAGCCCUCUUACAUUCAUUUUGUUUUCUUUUUUAGAUGAGUGAAACAUCCUUCAUACAGACCACAUACUCUGCCACAAAGCUGCAGGUCCCAUUUUAUGUAUUGUAACAUGUGUGAAAUGUGGAAUUGGUUACAUGAAUGAUAUAUAACUGAUACAGUAAAUUGAAUUUUAAAAAUUUCUUCUUAGAUUUUUCCUUUCAUAUUCAUUGAUAUAUAGCAUAACGUAAAUAUAAUUCCUUUUCUUUAUUAUUAUUAUUAUUAUUAUUAUUAUUAUUAUUAUAGAAAAGCCAUAGAGGGAAUUGACAGUUUAAUUACAGAUAUGAACAAGUUAUAAACAGAACAGAUACUAUUUUCAUGACUUACAAGAAGGUAUCCACUUACAAGAUAGUUGAGUGCUUUCAUAUUUAGGGAUAUUUCCAUCUCAAGAUUUAUGUCUGACUAUCAUCAAUCACCACAUAAUUAUCUCCUUUGGCAACCUGCCGACAAAAUACAUUCAAUCCGCCGUGUUCCUCUCCCUGAAUUUCUGGAUAUUUCCAUUUUUCUAGAACAGGCAUAGGCAAACUCGGCCCUCCAGAUGUUUGGGGAGUACAACUCCCAUCAUCCCUGAGCACUGGUCCUGUUAGCUAGGGAUGAUGUGAGCUGUAGUCCCAAAACAUCUGGAGGGCCGAGUUUACCUAUGCCUGCUCUAGAACAUAUGUGCCACAAUAUUCAUGUACUUAAUCAGAAGUACUUACAGCAUCUUCUUUCAAUGCAUUGGCACUGUGCAGACUGGCUAGCAAAAGAUACCCAAAACCUGAUUGUCUCAGAUAUAUUAAUGAAAACCAUUCUAGUACCUCUUGCUUCCUUAAACUGCAACCUAUUCAAAGCUCCCAAUUUAGGGUUUUCAUGAGUGGGGAAAGGCAGGUAAAUGAAAUAGUAAGAACAUUUCCCCAAAAUUUCUCCAAAUGGUAAAGGAAUAUUAGAAUCUCCUCUCUACUUGUGUCAUUUGCUGGCGGUGUUCUGGUCAGAAUCCUGAGGGUCAGACAGAGACCUGGAGGGGCCACAUUUGACUCCACUUGGCCUGAGGAUCCCAGCUCCUGCCAGGGAGAUUUAAGCAAAAGCCAAGUGAUUUGAACUGAGGUAUUAAGCAGCCAAUUCAGG